CUGCUGAAAGAGAUGAUUGUCACAAUGUGGAGCCUCCUAGAAAGAUUAUUGCAGACAAAAAUGUCUUCAGACAGGCCAAACUUGUCAACGGUACAUCAAGUAUGAUUGUUCCCAAGCAGCGCAAGCUGUCUGCUAACUAUGAGAAGGAGAAAGAACUUUGUGUUAAAUAUUUUGACCAGUGGUCUGAAUCUGACCAGGUGGAAUUUGUUGAGCAUCUUAUUUCCCGGAUGUGUCACUACCAGCAUGGCCACAUCAACUCCUACUUGAAGCCAAUGUUACAAAGGGAUUUUAUCACUGCACUGCCAGCACGUGGGCUGGAUCACAUUGCAGAGAAUAUCCUUUCUUAUUUGGAUGCGAAAGCUCUUUGUGCAGCAGAACUUGUUUGUAAAGAGUGGUACAGAGUGACUUCAGAUGGCAUGUUGUGGAAGAAACUCAUUGAAAGAAUGGUUCGGACAGACUCCUUGUGGAGAGGCCUAGCGGAAAGAAGAGGAUGGGGCCAAUACCUGUUUAAAAACAAGCCACCGGAUGGGACUACACCACCCAAUUCUUUUUACCGAGCACUUUAUCCAAAAAUUAUACAGGACAUAGAGACAAUAGAGUCUAAUUGGCGCUGUGGUAGACAUAGCUUACAACGAAUCCAUUGCCGCAGUGAGACAAGCAAGGGAGUCUACUGCUUACAGUAUGAUGAUCAGAAGAUUGUUAGUGGAUUACGAGAUAAUACUAUAAAGAUUUGGGAUAAGAACACACUGGAAUGCAAAAGGGUUCUUACAGGACAUACAGGCUCUGUAUUGUGCCUUCAGUAUGAUGAAAGAGUUAUCAUUACUGGUUCUUCAGACUCAACUGUCAGAGUUUGGGAUGUCAACACUGGAGAGAUGUUAAACACAUUAAUUCACCACUGUGAAGCAGUGUUGCAUUUGCGGUUUAACAACGGCAUGAUGGUGACCUGUUCAAAAGAUCGCUCCAUUGCAGUAUGGGACAUGGCUUCACCAACAGAUAUAACACUACGAAGGGUGCUUGUAGGACACCGCGCUGCAGUGAAUGUUGUAGACUUUGAUGAUAAAUACAUUGUUUCUGCAUCUGGUGACAGAACAAUAAAGGUGUGGAACACAAGCACUUGUGAGUUUGUGCGAACUCUAAAUGGACAUAAGCGUGGCAUUGCCUGUUUACAGUACAGAGACAGGCUAGUGGUCAGUGGCUCCUCAGACAAUACAAUCAGGUUAUGGGAUAUUGAAUGUGGAGCAUGUUUAAGAGUACUUGAAGGACAUGAAGAAUUGGUACGAUGUAUUCGUUUUGAUAAUAAAAGGAUUGUUAGUGGGGCAUAUGAUGGUAAAAUUAAAGUUUGGGAUUUAGUUGCUGCUCUUGACCCUCGGGCUCCUGCAGGAACGCUCUGUCUUAGAACACUUGUGGAACAUUCUGGAAGGGUAUUCAGACUUCAGUUUGAUGAAUUUCAAAUUGUCAGCAGUUCACAUGAUGACACUAUCCUUAUUUGGGAUUUUUUAAAUGAUCCAUCUUCACAGGCAGAAUCUACACGUUCCCCAUCUCGGACAUACACAUACAUCUCAAGAUAAAUUAUAAACACUACAACGUAUUUAACAAUUGCACAGGACUUAAACUAUGGUGUUUGAAAUAUAUUGAAAUGCCAGAACCUACCACCUCGCUCUGAUCUUGCUGAGGGGAGAGGAUUUUUCUUGUUAAUGAACAAGAUGCAGCAAUUCUGCUCCGCUUGGGGUGACAUGGUGUUACUGACUGAGACAAGUGCUGCUAUUGAAAAAUAUUUGUAUUGUUUGAAGAGAAAAUAUAGUAAUGUUUCAGGAAUUGUCUGUUCACACCUCACAGUUAAUGUGUUAUUUAACUAAUUAAUAUUUUAACAUAUUUUCUGCUGCUUUUUCAUUAUUGAUAUGCCUCGUAAUGGUCAGGCAUGAUGACAAGGGUGAGGUUACUGAAUUACUUGUAUAUAAACGGGAUGCCUGUGUGAUAAUCAUUGCACAACAAACGUGCUGGUGUAUGCACAUGAACUUGAUUUAUCAUAUACGCAUGUACUGGGAGUAGUGUGGAAAUCAUUAUUCAUUUAGGAAGUCUUUGCACAUCUGUUACAUUGUGUGUCUUAAUGAUUCCCAACAUGUUGCCAAUAAUUCUAGUGAAGAGGUACAAAUUUCUUAUUUACUGCCAUAAUUGCAGAAGAGUGGUCUGAAUAGUGUGUGCUGAAAUUUGUGUGUGUGUGUGUAUGUAUAUAUAUAUA